AUGGUCGGCGGCAUCCUGCUCUCCAGUGUUGGUAAUGACCUGCUCCGUUCGGCCGCGCUGUUGAACUUGAAGCUCAGCGUCCAGUCCUGCACGUACUGGCCCUCUGUGUUCGUGAGGAUGUUGAAUUUGAAGUUCAGCGUCCAGUCGUUCAGGGUGCGCGGCGCCCGCGCUCCGGAGCACGGCCAUGGCGGCCUGGCGGUGUGCGGGGUGAAGGACCCCGCCAUCGUCUCGAUCAACCAGCGGCCACAGGGCAAGGCCGCGGACCGGGGGAUGCCUCGCUCCGCGGGCGGGGGGGGUAAGGGUUCUACCUCCGUGCCCUGGAACAAGGCCGCGGAGGAGGGGCGCCAGAAAGGCGGCAGCGGCGAUGCUCCUGGAGGCAGCAAGGGCGGCGACAAGGGCGGAGGCAAGGGGGGCGGCGGCAAGGGCGCCAGCCGCGACUCAGGCUACGGCAACUACAAUAGUGGCGGUGGCAACUGGAGUGGUGGUGGUGGCAGCCAGUGGUGGGACCGCGGCGGCAACAACAGCUGGAGUGGUGGCUGGGGCGGCUGGAGCGGAGGCUGGGGCGGCGGCGGCGGCGGCAGGGGGGACUCCGGCAAGGGCGGCAAGGCCGACUCCGGGAAGGGCAAGGCGGCCGACUCCGGGAAGGGCGCCAAGGGCAAGGAGUCGAAGGGCAAGGGCCCCGCCGAUUCCAAGGGCGGCAAGGCUGGCGGCGGCAAGGCCGGAGGCAAGACCGACUCUGGGAAAGGAAAGGGCGGCGACAGCAAGGGCGCCAAGGGCAAAGGCGGCGACUCAGGUGGCCGACGUGGCGGCAAGGGCGGCGGAGGAGGAGGAGGCGGCGGGAACAGCACGGGUAUUUCGGUCGGCGAGCUCCAGCCUGAGGAGAACGCGGCGGUCAAGAGAGAGUGUGCGGAGGAGUUCGACGUGGCAGGAGCGAACGACAAGUUCGAGAAGGCGACCUCCAGCCAACGUGUCGAAGACAAGAUGAAGCCACUGGCUGGUUACGACAAGUCGAAGUCGUUCUUUGACAACAUCUCCUGCGAGGCCUCCGAGCGGGCGGCCGACUCCGAGCGGGUCAAGAUGGACCGAGACAAGGCCCGCCAGUUCGACAAGGAGACCUUCGGCGACACCCAGCGGCCCCCGAGGCCGUCCGGCGGCCGCCCCAGCAAGGGCCGCCGGCGCGGCGGGGGUCCGCGGGGCUACCGCUCCUGA